CUAUCGACAGAACUGCUAUGGUACGUUUUCCAACUCUAAUUUUCUUGCUAUUUCAGUUGUAUGCAUUAAUUUUCUGAUAUUUCUGUGUAAUAAGGUUUAAAAAAUUGGCAAAAGCGGUGAACAUUAUCUGUAAAACACAUAAAAACAAGAUGCUGAGAGACAAAAUAACUUUAAUUGAGCGUAUUAAUAACACAUUAUGAAACUGGCCCCCUUUAUCUCAAGUCCUAUUGGUAUAUUGAGAUCAAUAAAAUUGUGAGAAAGUAUAUCCCUAGAGCUGCUGUUACCGCAGCUGCAAUGAGAAUUGCAAUGGGUCGCAUAAGGAACAAAAAAAUUUGGCUCUACUUCGAUCGGAUAUCGGAUUAUGCGGCGCGCUGUAAGAACUGCAAACUAAAUUUGUCUUGCAAACAUACUUCAGCAAACUUGGUCCGUCAUUUGUAUUACAAGCACCAUGUUGACGCGAGCUACUACGGUGCAGAACGUACUGGGUUUCUAAAGCAAAAGCGCGGAAGAAUUAAUCAACGUUCUGAAGUUGGCCUACAAGUAGCAUCUGCGUAUCUACCGCCGGUACUAUCUGCAACUGAUCCAUUCGAUCCACUUGCGGUAAUAAAACAAGAAGUUGUCCCAUUAAAACUUGUACGUUGCAAUGGAUCCGAUGAAGAUGCUGAAGACCACGAAGAUGCG